AUGGCGGGAUGUGAGCUCUCAGGUCACACCUGGUCUUUCACCUUCAAGGUAGAGGAAGGGGAUGAUGCGGAGCACAUGCUGGCUUUGACCAUGCUCUGCCUCACCGAGGGAGCCAAAGUUGAGUGUAGUGUGGUAGAAGUCGUGGCCCGGGACCAUGACCACCAGGAGAUCGCAGUCACUAUGGCCAACCUCAAGUUGUCCUGCCAGCCCAUGCUCAGCUUGGAUGACUUCCAGCUCCAACCACCGGUAACCUUCCUCCUGAAGUCAGGUUCUGGCCCUGUGCAGAUCACUGGGCGGCACAAGAUUGUUACUAUAAGCAAUGAUGUUUCCGAGGAAGAGAGUGAAGAAGAGGGGAGUGAGGAAGAGGAAGCUGAGUUGUGCCCCAUUCUGCCUGCCAAGAAGCAGGGGGGCAGGCUCUAA